AUAUGGUGCGUGUAUUUGUUCGACAGCAGACAAACGAGAGCAGACAUCGCGGCGGACGCUGCAGAGAGCAUCUCCAGAAGUUUGAACCUUGGAUCCAGAGUGAAUGACUGUUACACUAAGCAGAUGAGGUUGGCGCACUUACAGUUGUGAUUUACAGUCAUUUCAAACUGGUGACAUUUUGUGGUUCCUUUAAAUAUAUAGCUCUUCACGGGGAGCUGAUCGUUUUCAGUGGAACACUGGCUUCAAAUCAGUUCAUUUGUUGCUGCAUUUAAAGCUGAGACUCCAGAUCAAGGAACAUACCAGGAAUAUAUGAAAAAGACAUUCUGAGAUUUAUCAGGCUACGCGCUCUCGUUAGUCAAGACCUACAGGCUGCGAGCAAAAGGCAAAUCGAACGACUCACAGAGCUCACUGAACAGACAUUUGAAGGUAAGAUUGCCCUUGAGUUUAAGGAAGCAACAGGACAAGAGCUACAAGGAUUGCAGCGUUUUGUUGGUUUUUCGUCGUUCAAUACUCUUUCAAUAUCGCUGCUCAUAUCCUGUUUAUGAAGUCAGCUAUAUUUCAUUCUCAGCAGAUUUGGAGAGCUCUUAAGGGAGCAUUCGGGCGAUUCUUCUAUCACGAUAUAAAAGUUGUCGUAACACAAACCUCACCUCUGAACCAUCCUACAUCCUGGAAUAGAAGAGCAAUCAUUUCUCUUUUGGAUAUCAAGAUAAUAUUGGGUCAGCUGCUUGAGGUGCACGCGUGACACGACAAUCUAAUGAACGAUCGCAAAGCAAGCAGAGCAAAAUGAUCGACUAUCUCAUAUUCGCAGCAGUUUUCUUGGCUCUUAUUGCAGCAUUUAUCGGAUUUGCAUUGAAGCGGUCAUCAAAUCAUGAAAAGUUCUCAAGACUUCCACCAUCUCCACCACGAUACCCUCUUCUGGGGAAUUUGCUACAGUUGAAAAAAAGCCCGCACUUAGACAUCACUGAAUUAUCUAAAGAGUACGGUGGUAUCUUCACAUUCUGGUUUGGCAGAGCGAAGCCUGUUGUAAUAUUAAGCGAUCAAAAGAUAGUAAGAGAGGCAUUCGUGCAGGGAGCUACAGCACUGUCAGGAAGACCUCAAAGAUACACUGGCAGUGUCUACACGAAAAAUUUCAAGGGCGUCGUUCUCAGAGAUGAUAAUAAAGAAUGGGCCUUCCAAAGGCGUCUUGGACAUCAAGCUUUAAAAACAUUAGGUGAAGAAAAAUUCUUCACUGAGAGUGCAAUUCAUGAUGAAUGCAAGGCCUUGGUCGACCGCAUCAACAGGCACAUCGUUUUCAGCAACCUGAUGGAUAUUUGCAAAUACAUGGAGUUGUCUUCGCUUAAUGUUCUCUGUGCACUUCUUUUCGGAUCCCGUUACUCCGAGGAAGACCCAGAGUUUCAUCGAAUUUCAUUGGCGAAUUCCUGGUUCAUCGAAGGCAUCAAAGCAGCCAAUAUAGUUGACGGCUUUCCGAUAUUACGGUACUUACCUUACAGGCCGCUGAAGUUGCUGCGCGAUUUUGUCAAGGUCCGCGAUGAAAUUUUAGAGAGGAAACUAAAGGAACACGAAGAAUCAUUUGUUCCUGGUGCAAUACGAGACUUUACGGACGCCCUAAUUGAAACGCAGAGGCAAGAACAAAACAAGAUGAACCAUACGCGUGAAGACAGUCUUGCUUUGAUGGCUGAUCUUUUCCUCACUGGUACCGAAACAACAUCAACAGCUCUAAAAUGGGCCAUUUUGUACCUUUCGGUAUGGCCCGAAACCCAAGAGAAAGCAUACGAAGCUUUGCAGCAUUUCCAAGUAGAAAAGCUAAAGUUUAGUGAUAGGAAGAAUCUGCCAUACAUCGAGGCAUUGAUGGCAGAAGUUCUGAGAAUGGGCUCAAUCUCGCCACUCUCGGUUCCACACAAAGCAACUUGUGACACGGAGUUGUGCGGUUACAAACUGCCAAAGGGAAUCAUCCUGAUGAUGAACCUUUAUGCCAUGCACCAUGACCCAAAUCAAUGGGAUGAGCCGGAGCAAUUCAAACCAGAAAGAUUUAUCCAUCCGGAAGGACAUUUCUUCAUUCCGAAUUCCAGCUACCUUCCCUUCUCGGUCGGUAAAAGAGUUUGCCUUGGAGAGACACUUGCAAAGCGGGAGCUGUUUCUGUUCUUAUCUUAUCUUAUCAACAAUUUCAGAUUUGAUAAAUGUGAAAAUGAAGAGGUCGACAUGGAGGGCAAAUUUGGUGCUACGCUCACACCUAAACCGUUCCGAGUAAAAGUGACAAGAAGGACACUAGAACAGAUAACUAUAAAGUCAUGAUCUUUCUUUGCAACCAGAUUUGACAAGUUUUAAAAAAUUUCUUGAUAUUUAAUUCAUUGUAACAUCCACACAUUUGAAAUCGCAAAGUUUUUCUUUGAUUAAACAAGGCCAAUUGUUUAAUUAGCUAAAUUGAUUUCAAAUUUAGUCACAUCUAUUAACAGGCACCAAUUUAAUUUUUUUCGUUACUAUGUUGUGAAUAUUAAUCUCUGCUGGAUGGAAAUUUCAAAACAUUAAAAUAUUCUUUAACAUAUUCUUAUUCGAUUUAAAAUUUUCUUAUGAUUUGCUAUGGUACAUUUCCUUUUCCUGUGCAACGAAUAGCAAAAAAAGUUAUCUUGAUCGCUCUGUCCAGUCCACCAUUAUAGAAAGGAUGGAAGACAACUACGUUGCAAUUACUUAUAACGCUGUUUCAGCAAAGCCAAACUAGCACAUUGUAAGCUAGCAUCUCUCUUUGGGCAAAUAAGAAUUUAUAUACUUCCCAUAUUAGGCAUUUCUAUUCCACGUUUUUAAGGAAUUUAGCUUUUGAUCUUCAUACAAUAAACCUUGAACAAUUUUAGACUUACUGAAUUGGUAGUAAAGAAAAAAUGCAGUGAAAUCUUAUCAAACAUGUUAAUUUUGAAUUGAAUAUUUGGAGGAGUUUAAAAGGCCCUGACUUAUGGCUAUACUCAAGACUGGAUUGGAAGCACGCUAUUUCCAAAAAUUAACUUUAACUUCGUCGGCUAAGUGCAAAUUAACUAUCACUUUAAUUUAUGUAUUGCAUGGAAACAAUAAACUGGUAUCUAUAACAAGUAAAAAUUCGAUAACCGUUCUCUUUCUAUCACCUUUUCUUUGUUUCUUUGUCUUGAUCAUACAUUGUCAAAUUUUAACUAUCACUUAGCUUAAAGGUAUCGAACGUGUAUGGAAAACAGGUUUCCUUUUAAUGUCGCAUCCAAAACUAUAUGAUGCCAUCUUGCAAUUGGCGGGUUAAAAUUUUCAUACAAGUUCUUACUGAUUGUUACCUUUUGCAAGGUGGAAAUACAAAUUAUUUAUAAUAAACUGUUCAUAAUGAAUUUUUAACUAUAAAUAGGCCCUCAAAUGGGUAUGAUAGCAUUUUUGGUCCUUUUCUCUUUUGAAACCGUAUUAAUUGUAACUUUUCUAUUUCACUAUGUUUUUUUGCCCCUUCCGAUCCCCCCUUCCUGAUACAUACAAGUUUCUCAGUACUUGAAUUUUCUUGAGUUGACAAAGUGUAAAAGCUUGAGGUAGAAUUCAUUCUUUACCUUCUGAGUAUACUCAUUCUUCCAUAUCGCACAGACUAAGGCGACAAACACGUCCUUGGUAAAAUUUUCAUUACUG